UGUCGCAACACUCUGGAUCCCUGCGAACAGCACCACCCCGUCUCUACCAAGGCGUCCAAACUGACGGCACACAAGGAGCAAGAUAUGACAACUACCGUCGACGUCCACGUCGCCACUACUACGACGGUGUUCACCAAGGCAUCGUACACUCCCCGCCAAGUAUCCGCACCAACCCAGGGUAUGAUAGGCCUCUUACAUCAGCAACGAGAUCGCGAUCAACCCCGCCAGCAACCGCUCAUGCAGAGCUACAAGCAUAUCCCCCGUCCGGGCCACGUUCGCCAGAUCGUCGCCAACUGGCCACCGCGGCCCACUCGACGAGCAUCCGCUGCCGUCGUGGUACCCGCUCAACCCUCUCAGUCAACACAAGGACCGAUAUACAAGCUUCCCCGUGAGAUCCUCGAAGCUAUCUUCGACCACUACAUGGUCGCAUGGGAAUGGAAGAUCCACGCCGACAUUCACACCGUCUCACCCAUGUUCAACGAGCUUGCCCGUACGCUUCGGAACAUCAGCAGGGUAUGCAAGCUCUGGCGAUACAUCUGCCACGACUCACCCCGGCUGUGGCGAAACAUUCUCCACUGCUCCCUCGAGGUCGAACUUCGUCACACGCACAGUUAUAAGAUGUCCAUGGACCGGUGUAGGAACGUACCAAUGGAUAUGUGGAUUUCCGGCUAUAGCGAGCUGGUGGAAGUCUAUGAGCUUCUACGAGAGAAGGAUGCGUUCAACCGUGUUCGCAGUUUACACGUUGGUCACGCCCAGAUCGCCACACGCCCAGACAAGGACAUCGUACCGUGGUUCAUCCAUUGCAAGCUCGAGAACGUGAAGCGCUUUUCUCUGGACUAUGCAGAUAUCAGUAUGUGCGAAUUUGCCGAGUAUCUUCGACAGUUCCCAAAGCUGGAAUAUCUCCGACUUCUGCACGAUCGUUUCUCGGAUUACAUUGAUCUCACAGACGCCGACGCCCAGGAGACACGUGUCGCCAUCCCCAACGUGAAGUGCAUCGAGCUCAUCCAGGAGAAGCGCGACUGGAUCUCCCAAGUCAUGCACCGUCUCGUGACGACCAACUUGACAUGCAUGAGCAUCACGCUUUCCUCACGCAAAGGCCCGGGGAACACUGCCAGCAUCACUCUCGCCGACGCUCCGUGGAUGUGCAUAUCCCUGCGCAGAAUUGCUCUAGGGAACCAUCUAGAUUAUGCCGACAUCAUAGGCAUUAUUCAGCCGCUCUUAGCACUCUCGCAUUUGCACUUGUUCCGUUCGGCCGUAUGGGGUGCACAAGAGGAAGAAACCAAGCAGCCGUGCGACGCUCUGCUUGCAAUGCUCCAUGCCCGCCCACCAGGCGCCGUCGACGGUGGAACUACUCUUAUACCAGCGCUUCGGGUGCUGAGCUUUUACGCCUACCCCCUCUCAACAGGGGCACUUCACGACCUCGUCAGCAACCGCAAGCAAUCCCAUUCUGUGCCGCUGAAACUAGUCGGACUAGAUCCCGACUGGGUCAAGGCUACGAAUGAAGAAGAUCUGGCGAGAAUCACGGGACUUGUGGACGUUUAUAGGACCACGGCGUAUCAUCUGCUUGAGUGGCAAUAGUCUUCAAUUGGAUUGGAGGUGGGGGAAAGGAAGCGGAUGGAUUUGGUAGCCGGAUUGGGAAUCGGACUGUUUACCACUGCUUUGGGGCUGGUGUUGGAAAAGUGGAGGGUGAUGGGAUGGUCGACCUUUGGAUCUGCCGUCACGAUCACGGAUCAAGCUCGGCGAAUCUUUCUCCCAUUCCAUGCGGGCACGCGAUCCGCUUUCCCUCGGAGACGGCUCUCGGCUGGGAUUUGCUAGAAAAAAGAAGCAGGGACGAACUGCUGUGCUCCCGCCGGAGAAAUUGAGCGGUGGGGAUGCUGGGGAUAUAUAUAUGGGGAAGCAAGCAGGACGGGGAAACUGGUUGUAGGAAGGGGAAGCCCGGGGAACCGGUUGGAGAGAUACGAAGAUGGGGCAUCCUGCCAAAUAGGACAAGCCCAUGCACACCAAGCUUCUCACCCCGCUUGCGUCUUCACCUUUUCACGAUCGUCUCGCCUACUGGCACUUGGCACUUCGCUGGGGACGCGCAAAGGAAGAUGCCGCCGGCUAAGAAGCUCUCGUCCGCCGAGCUAUUUGGGAGCAUCACAAGGCCGCGAACCUGCUUCGCGCCCGGCAGCUCCAGAUAGACGAGUACUUCCUCUCCAGCACGGCUCGGCUCAGCUUGAGUCGAUCCAGCCGUCUUCCAAGGUAUACUCUACAGUGCUUCGGAAUUGUUCGUAAAAACCUCGCCUCGGUGUAUGCAUCUUACUCUUUUUGUCACGUUUCGAUGGAGGGCUAGCUCAUCCUUUUCUUUCCCCAUUUGAUCUGUCUCUGCCUGCACUCGGGUGGGCUAUCUCUCGUUUACCUGGCUUGUUUUCCUGUUAUGUGGGAGCGGCUAGGAUAUAUACUAAUGACUCGGGUUCCGAUACCUCCUUGUUCUUGUAUGUUGAGUUAAACAGUCUAUUAUAGCCCCUUCCUUCGCAGGAUAGGCU